UUGAUUUAUUUUCGAGAUCUAAAUUUUUCUUACUCAACCCUACCAACCAACCCAAACAAUAAAGUAAAAGCCAUGUAUACACCAACAUGCUCAAAAAUUCCCUCACAAAAAGAACACCAAUUUCUAUAAGUCCCUUUCUCUUUCUCUCUCACUUUCACUCUCACUCAUUUGACUGUCCAAAUCUUCUGUUAUUUCACUUCUUCUCCUCUCUUUCCUUCAGUCAGGGAGAGGAAGAGAGAAAAAUUGUACAAAAUCAUGGAAGAUAAAUUUCUAGUUUUAUUUGAAAAAAAAAACAUUUUUUUUGGCUACAUUUUCUCUUCCCUCCCCACUAAUUAUAUUUUUUGGGUUUGAUCAGUCAUUUCUGGCUCUAACAUCGAGAACCCAUUUGGUUUCCUUCUUUUUAAAUUUUUUUUAGGGUUUUAGUGUUUCAAAAUUUAUUUGUUUUAGGGUCUCAGAAAAUUCAGAAGAAACCAAAGACAUUUCAGGGUUAUUUCAUUUAGGUAGACUAAAAAGACGAAAUUUUCGAGUUUUGUCUUAUAGUUUAAAGCGAGAGACAUGGAGGAAAAUUCUUCGUCAGUUAUUUUAGAUGGUGAGAUAGUUGGUAUAAAGUUCUGUUUGGCAAGCCCUAAAGAAAUUCUUACAGCAUCAGUCAGUGGCUUUCCUAUUAACCAUGUUAGUCAACUCUCGAAUUCCUACCUUGGUUUGCCCCUCGAAUUUGGUAAAUGUAGUGCAUGUGGUACAUCAGAACCUGGACAAUGUGAAGGUCAUUUUGGAUAUAUUGAAUUACCAAUUCCAAUAUACCAUCCUAGCCAUAUCAGUGAAUUAAAGCGACUGUUGAGUUUGCUUUGCUUGAAGUGCCUAAAAUUGAAGAACAAGUUUCAGAUGAAAAGUGGCAGUGUCGCUGAAAGAUUGCUAUCGUCCUGUUGUGAGAAUACUCCACAAGUUUCAAUCAAAGAGGUUAAGACAACAGAUGGUGCUUGUUAUUUGGAGUUGAAGCAGCCAUCUAGACAAUCAAAAACUAACUGGAAUUUUUUAGAGAGAUAUGGUUUUCGCUAUGGUGAUCAUCAUACUCGAACUCUUCUGCCUUGUGAGGUGGUGGAAAUACUCAAGAGAAUUCCUGCACAGACAAGACGGAAACUUUCUGGGAAAGGGUUCUUCCCACAAGAGGGAUAUAUUUUGCAGUAUUUGCCUGUUCCCCCAAAUUGUUUAUCUGUCCCGGACGUUUCGGACGGCAUUAGCGUCAUGUCCUCGGAUCUUUCUACAUCAAUGCUGAGAAAGGUUCUGAAGCAAGUUGAGAUCAUCAAAAGUUCAAGGUCUGGUACCCCAAAUUUUGAAUCGCAUGAAGUAGAAGCUAACGAUUUGCAAUCAGCAGUUGAGCAAUAUCUUCAAGUUAGGGGUACUGUUAAAGCAUCCCGCAGCAUAGAUGCACGAUACGGGGUUAACAAAGAUGCUAGUGAUUCGUCAACGAAAGCAUGGCUAGAGAAAAUGAGAACACUGUUUAUUAGAAAGGGUUCAGGGUUUUCUUCACGCAGUGUGAUUACUGGUGAUCCAUACAAAAAGGUGAAUGAGAUUGGUAUUCCAUCUGAAAUUGCUCAGAGAAUUACUUUCGAGGAAAGGGUUAACAUGCACAACAUGAGAUAUUUGCAAAAUCUGGUGGAUAACAAGUUGUGUUUGACCUACAGAGAUGGUGGUUCUACAUAUUCAUUGAGGGAGGGGUCAAAGGGGCAUACGUUUUUGAGACCUGGUCAGGUGGUACAUAGGCGAAUUAUGGAUGGAGAUAUUGUUUUCAUAAAUAGGCCACCGACGACACAUAAGCAUUCAUUGCAGGCACUUUCAGUAUAUGUACAUGAUGAUCAUACAGUGAAGAUAAAUCCCCUAAUUUGUGGGCCAUUAAGUGCUGAUUUUGAUGGAGAUUGUAUUCACUUGUUCUAUCCGCAGUCUUUAUCAGCAAAAGCAGAGGUUUAUGAGCUCUUUUCAGUGGAGAAGCAGUUGCUUAGCUCCCAUAGUGGCAACCUAAAUUUGCAGUUGGCGACUGAUUCAUUGUUGUCACUCAGAGUUAUGCUUAAGACAUUUUUGUUUAAAAAGGCAGAUGCUCAACAAUUGUCUAUGUUUCUCUCUUCAGCUUUGCCAGAACCUGCUUUUUUAAAGGGUAAUCAUGUUGCUCCAUGUUGGACAGCCUUCCAAAUUCUGCAGACCGCUUUUCCUGCAUGCCUAGAUUGCUCCUGUGAUAGAUACUUAAUUGGAAAAAGUGAUAUAUUGAAAGUUGAUUUCAAUAAGGACCUUAUGCAGUCUGUCAUCAAUGAAGUUGUGGCAUCUAUUUUCUAUGAGAAGGGUCCAAAAGAGGUUCUUAACUUCUUUGAUUCUUUACAACCUUUAUUGAUGGAGAAUAUUUUUGCAGAGGGCUUCACUGUUUGUCUAGAAGAUUUUUCCGUCUCCAGGGAAGUUAUAGAAAAUAUUCAGAAGGAUAUUCAGGUUAUAUCUCCCCUGCUUUAUCAGUUAAGGUCAACUUAUAAUGAAUUGGUUGAGUUGCAAAUGGAGAAUCACAUUCGAGUAGCCAAAGCGCCAAUAGCUGAUUUCAUACUAAAAACAUCCUCUUUGGGUAAUUUAAUUGACUCUAGGAGUGAUUCUGCUGUCAAUAAGGUUGUUCAGCAGAUUGGAUUCCUGGGAAUGCAACUUUCUGAUAAAGGAAAAUUCUACUCAAAGACUUUGGUUGAAGAUGUGGCUCACCAAUUUCAAAGCAUAUAUCCUUCAGAUGCAAUCGAUUAUCCUUCUGCUGAGUUUGGACUGAUUAAAAGUUGCUUUUUCCGUGGGCUUGAUCCGUAUGAGGGCAUUGUACAUUCAAUAUCUACAAGAGAAGUAAUGGUUCGCUCUACUAGAGGAUUGUCUGAACCUGGGACCUUGUUUAAGAAUUUGAUGGCCAUCCUUCGUGAUGUUGUUAUUUGUUAUGAUGGCACAGUUAGAAAUGUCAGUAGCAAUUCAAUAAUACAAUUUCAAUAUGGGCUAAGUGCUAGAACUAGACCUCAAUUCCCCGCUGGUGAACCUGUGGGUGUCUUAGCUGCUACUGCAAUGUCAAAUCCAGCAUAUAAAGCAGUUCUUGAUUCAUCUCCUAGUAGCAAUUCUUCUUGGGAACUGAUGAAGGAAAUAUUGCUUUGCAAAGUAAGUUUCAAAAAUGACCCAAUUGACCGCCGUGUAAUUCUGUAUUUGAAAGAUUGUGAUUGUGGGAGAAAGUAUUGCCAAGAAAAUGCAGCAUAUCUUGUUAAGAAUCAUUUGAGAAGAGUCAAACUUAAAGAUAUUGCAGUAGAUUUCAUCAUUGAAUACCAGCAGCAGCAAAUUGUGUCAGAAAUAGAGGCAGGCCUUGUUGGGCAUAUCCUUCUCAAUAAGGAUCUUUUGAAGGAGUUAAGUGUUAGUGUGCAAGAGAUUCAUAUGAAGUGCCAAGAAACUAUUAACUCCUUUCGUAAGAAGAAAAAAACUGCUGAAACUUUUAAGAGGACAGAUUUGUUUGUCAGUGAAAGUUGUUCCAUUCAGCAAUCCUGUGUGGACAAAUGGCUUGACAUGCCAUGCUUGAUGUUCUUUUUUCGAAAUACAAAUGAUGAUAAUCUAGAUAGUGCGAUACAAAUCCUGGCUGACAUCAUCUACCCUGUUCUUCUACAAACAGUGAUCAAGGGUGACCCUCGUAUCUGUUCAGCAAAAAUUAUCUGGGUUAACCCUGAUGCAACAACUUGGAUAAGAAAUCCAAGUAAGACUCAGAAGGGUGAAUUGGCUUUGGAAGUUGUUUUGGAGAAAUCUGCUGUGAAGCAGAACGGUGAUGCCUGGAGGACUGUCAUCGAUUGUUGUCUUCCAGUGCUAAAUAUAAUUGACACCCAUAGGUCUAUACCUUAUGCCAUAAAGCAAGUUGAGCAACUGCUCGGAAUUUCUUGUGCUUUUGAACAAGCAGUGCAGCGUCUCUCCACUUCUGUGUCAAUGGUGACAAGAGGUGUUCUAAAGGAACACCUCAUGCUCUUAGCUAACAGCAUGACAUGUUGUGGAAAUUUAAUUGGCUUCAACUCUGGUGGUUAUAAGGCACUAUCUCGCUCAUUGAAUAUUCAAGUGCCAUUUACCGAAGCAACACUGUUUACACCAAGAAAGUGCUUUGAAAGGGCUGCUGAGAAAUGCUAUGACGAUUCCUUGUCGAGCAUAGUUGCAUCCUGUUCUUGGGGUAAACGUGUGGCUGUUGGAACAGGAUCACGGUUUGACCUCCUUUGGAAUCAGGAGUCUGGAUCGGAUCAAAUGAGUGGAAUGGAUGUGUACAACUUUCUGCACAUGGUUAGUGGUGCUGGUGGAAGCAAUUCUAAUACUGCUUGCCUGGGAGAAGAAGUUGAUGAUUUAAUGGAUGAGUGGUGCUUGUCUCCAGACCAUAGCACUGGUUUAGAUAAGCCGGUGUUUGAGGACGCAGCUGAAUUUGAGAAUAAUUUAGACGGUCAGUCAGCUAGUGCAAAUUGGGAAAAAGAUGUGUCUUUGGACAAGGUGUCAGAUGUUGGUUGGGAUGCAUCUGGAUGGAAUAAAAAUGUUGAGGAUGUUGACAAAUUUGCUGCAGCUGCGACCAGUUCGGAGAAGCAAAAUGAGUGGUCUGGUUGGGGUGUGAGCAAAUCUAACUCACAAGUUGUCUCUCCAAAAGUGGAUGUUGGUUGGGAUGCUUUGUCUGGAUGGAAUAAAAAUGCGGAGGAUGGUGACAAAUUUGCAGCUGCUGCAACCAGUUCGAAGAAGAAAAAUGAGUGUUCUGAUUGGGGGGCGAGCAAAUCUAAAUCACAAGAUGUUGUCUCUCCAAAAGUGGAUGUUGGUUGGGAUGCCUUGUCUGCAUGGAAUAAAAAUGCAGAGGAUGGUGACAAUUUUGCAGCAGCUGCAUCCAGUUCAAAGAAGCAAAGCGAGUGGUCUGAUUGGGGGAUGAGCAAAUCUAAAUCACAAGAUGUCUCUUCAAAAACGGAUGGAACUUGUAUGAAAGAGCAAACUGAAUUGUCUGGUUGGGGGAUGAAAAAGUUUGAUACACGAGAUGUCCUUCCUGUGGAAGAGGGAGCCUCCAAGCCCAAUGGUUGGGAUUCUGGUGCUAGUUGGGGAAUAAUGAGCAAAGAAUCUGAAGAACUUGAUGCUAGUGCUGCAGCGCCAUGGUCUGGUUGGGGGACAAAAGAUUCCACCCCUAAAAAAUCUUUGGACGAAACUUCCAAAUCUAGUAGCUGGGAUACUGUUUCUUCUUGGGGAAAGAAGAUUGCUGCAGUUCAUGAAUCUGGCUUCACUGGAAAUGAUAACCAGCCGGACCAAGGGAGAAUUGAAAAUGAAUGGGAUAAUAAAGCAAGUCAUGUAAAGCCGGUGCAGUCAGCAUCUGGUUGGAAUAACAAAGUGACAGAGGAAAAGGUAGUUCAAUCGACAUCUAGUUGGGAUGAAAAAGCUUCUUGGGAAAAGCCAGUUCAGUCAAUGUCUGGUUGGGUUUCCUCAUCUGUUGCAGGCUCAGAUGAGUCACCUACAAAAGGCUGGAGUAAGAAUAGUGCUUGGGACCAACAAAAGUCACAGACAAUGAAUAAUGCUUGGGACCAACAAAAGUCACCUGCAACAAAUAGUUCCUGGGAUCGGCAAAAAUCAUCUACGGCAAAUAAUUCUUGGGACCAGCAAAAGCCACCAGCAAAUAGUUCUUGGGACCAAGAAAAGUCACCUACAAUGAAUAAUUCAUGGGACCAACAAAAGUCACCUGAAUGUUCACAGGGUUGGGGCACCCUUAAUGACUUAAACCAACCUGCAAGUUCUAGUGGCUGGGAUAUGCCACAGGGUGAGGAUAACACUCAAAAUGAAAAACAGCAUCAGUGGGGACAGAGUAAGGGCUCACGUCGUUGGGCUUCAGAUGCUAAUAAGAAGAAUCGUCCUGUGAAGCCAGCUCGAAUGAUGAAUGAUGAUUCCAGUAUGGCUGCAAUGUACACUGUUACAAGACAAAGACUAGACAUGUUUACUUCUGAGGAGAAAGAUAUUCUGUCGGAUGUUGAGCCACUCAUGCAAUCAAUCAGAAAAAUAAUGCACCAGACUGGGUACAACGAUGGGGAUCCGCUGUCUGCCGAUGAUCAGACGUUUGUUCUUGAUAAUGUUUUAGCUCAUCAUCCAGACAAAGCUGUAAAAAUGGGUGCUGGUAUUGAUUAUGUCAUGGUAAACAAGCACAGCCUUUUCCUGGAUACCAGGUGCCUCUAUGUUGUCACAACCGAUGGUCAUAAGCAAGAUUUCUCUUAUCUCAAGUGUCUGGAGAACAUGAUCAAGGGGAAAUAUCCUGAUUUGGCUGAAGCUUUUGUUGCAAAAUAUUUCCGAAAAUCUCGAGGGAACCGUGAGCGAGGUGUUGCUCCAGAGAAUUCUCAAGGGAACCGCGACCAAAGUGUUACUCAAGAUGAUAACUCUCAAGGGAACCGUGACCAAAGUGUUGCUCAAGACGAUAAUGAGGGGGAGGUUAAGCAGUAGGCAUCUGUCUCUCCAAGUGUUAAUAUCAUUCAGAGAGGUCUAGUUAGGUAUUUUGUUCAUUCCUGAUAUGAAUCUUUUGAUAUGUACAUGUAAAGCAGAUGUUAGUGUGUUUAUCCCCCUCAAAAAUUAUACUUUCAUAGAUCCCAAUAUGAACUGCCCUCUUUUAGACGCCACACAUUAGCAGUUACAUGUAUUCUGGUUAAAGUGGUUUAAA